AUGAAGAGUACAUUGCCAAAAGACAAACCAGGCAAAAUGAGGAUUAGAGCUUUCCCUAUGACUAUGGAUGAGAAAUAUGUGGAGAGUAUAUGGAGCUUAUUAAAAAAUGCAAUACAAGAAAUACAAAAGAAAAAUAAUUCUGGUCUAUCAUUUGAGGAGCUCUAUAGAAAUGCAUACACUAUGGUUCUUCAUAAGCAUGGGGAAAGGCUCUAUACAGGUUUGAAGGAAGUGGUCACACAUCAUCUUGAAAAUAAGGUUCGUGAAGAUGUUUUACACUCUUUACACAAUGGCUUCCUGCAAACCUUAAAUAAUGCUUGGACAGAUCACCAAACUAGUAUGGUUAUGAUUCGUGACAUACUCAUGUAUAUGGAUAGAGUAUUUGUACAACAAAAUGAUGUUGAUAAUGUAUACAACUUGGGCCUCAUUAUAUUUAGAGAUCAGGUGGUACGUUACGGCUGCAUCCGCGACCACUUGCGGCAGACGCUGCUCGAGCUGGUGGCGCGCGAGCGGCGCGGCGAGGUGGUGGACCGGCUCGCCAUACGCAACGCGUGCCAGAUGCUCAUGGUGCUCGGCAUCAACUCGCGCGCUGUCUACGAAGAGGACUUUGAGAAACCCUUUCUGCAUCAGUCUGCUGAGUUUUAUAGGAUGGAAUCUCAGAAGUUCCUGGCGGAGAACAGCGCGGCGGUGUACAUCGCGCGCGUGGAGACGCGCAUCGUGGAGGAGGCGGAGCGCGCGCGGCACUACCUCGACGAGAGCACCGAGCCGCGCGUCGUCUCCGUGCUCGAGCACGAGCUCAUUGAGCGGCACAUGAAGACCAUUGUUGAGAUGGAGAACUCCGGCGUGGUGCACAUGCUGAUGCACACGCGCACGGCGGAGCUGGCGUGCGUGUACAAGCUGCUGUCGCGCGUGGGCGAGGGGCUGCGCACGGUGGCCGACACCGUGUCCGCGCACCUGCGCCAGCAGGGCCGCGCGCUCGUCACCGACACGCACCACAACACUAAUGCCAUCGCUUACGUGCAGAAUCUACUCGACUUGAAAGACAGAUUUGACCAUUUCCUUCACAACUCAUUCAAUAAUGACAAACUAUUCAAGCACAUGAUCGCCUUGGACUUCGAAUACUUCCUCAACCUUAAUAAUAAGUCACCCGAGUUCCUGUCGCUGUUCAUCGACGGAAAACUCAAAAAAGGAGAGAAAGGCAUGAGCGAGCAAGAAAUCGAAGCAGUCCUAGACAAGACGAUGGUGCUGUUCCGCUUCCUGCAAGAGAAAGACGUGUUCGAGCGCUACUACAAGCAGCACCUCGCUAAACGUCUACUUCUCAACAAGUCUGUGUCUGAUGACAGCGAAAAGAACAUGAUCUCCAAACUCAAGACUGAAUGCGGGUGUCAGUUCACAUCGAAGCUUGAGGGCAUGUUUAAGGAUAUGACAGUGUCUAAUACCAUCAUGGAGGAAUUCAAGGAGCAUGUGCUUUCAUCCGGGGCCAACCUGCACGGCGUGGACCUGUCGGUGCGCGUGCUCACCACGGGCUUCUGGCCCACGCAGAGCGCCACGCCCAAGUGUAACAUCCCCGCGCCUCCCAGGAGUGCCUUCGACGUGUUUAAAUCGUUCUACCUAGCGAAGCACUCGGGCCGCCAGCUGUCGCUGCAGCCGCAGCUGGGCAGCGCGGACCUGCACGCCACGUUCCGCGCGCACGCGUCCGCCAGCCCGCCGCGCAGCCCCCCCGCCGCCGCCCCCGCGCCCGCCCCCGCCGCGCCGCGCCGGCACAUCAUACAGGUGUCCACCUUCCAGAUGUGCGUGCUGCUGCUGUUCAAUAAACGCGAGCGGCUCACGUAUGAGGAAAUACUCAACGAGACUGACAUCCCCGAGAAGGACCUGGUGCGCGCGCUGCAGUCGCUGGCCAUGGGCAAGCCCACGCAGCGGGUGCUCAUCAAGCACCCCAAGACCAAGGAGAUAGAACCCUCGCACCAGUUCUAUGUCAAUGAUGCCUUCACAUCUAAGUUACAUAGGGUUAAGAUACAAACAGUAGCAGCCAAAGGGGAAUCGGAACCGGAGCGACGCGAAACUCGUAACAAGGUUGACGAAGACCGCAAGCACGAGAUAGAGGCAGCCAUUGUACGCAUCAUGAAAGCUAGGAAGAAGAUGGCUCACACGCUGCUGGUGGCGGAGGUGACGGAGCAGCUGCGCGCGCGCUUCCUGCCGUCGCCCGUCGUCAUCAAGAAGCGCAUCGAGGGGCUCAUCGAGCGCGAGUACCUCGCGCGCACGCCCGACGACCGCAAGGUCUACACCUACGUGGCA